AUGUCGCAUGAAACAACAGGAACAACUAUAAUUGAAGAACAUUUAACAGUCAAACUGAAUAUUAUUCGUAAAAUUGAAAAACAAAUGCAAGAACAAUGGACUGCUUCAAAAGUAUUUGAAGCAGAUGUACCCGAUCAUAGUACCAAUAAUUAUAAUACAUUUUUCGUUACAUUUCCAUAUCCAUAUAUGAAUGGUCGUCUUCAUUUAGGUCAUGCAUUUUCAUUGUCAAAAUGCGAGUUUGCUGUAGGUUAUCAACGUCUUCGUGGUAAACAUUGUCUAUUUCCAUUUGGAUUUCAUUGUACAGGCAUGUCUAUUCGAGCUGCUGCAGAUAAAUUAAAAGGUGAAAUUGAAGAUUUGGGUUUUCCACCACAAUUUCAAAUGCAUGCCGAUGAAGAAGUUGAAGAGAAAAAAGUAGUAAUACUAAAUGAAGAUGAAAGUAGUGCAAUCGAUAAUAAAUCAAAGAGCAAAAAGAGUAAAGCAGCAGCGAACAGUGAUGGUAAACAAUAUCAAUGGGAAAUAAUGCGUAGUUUGGGAAUUGAAGAUGAUAAUGAAAUUCGACGAUUUACUGAUCCACAAUAUUGGAUUUCUUAUUUUCCACUUCAUAUUAAACGAGAUCUUGAAAUGAUGGGAUUAAAGGUUGAUUGGCGUCGUUCAUUCAUUACAACUGAUGCUAAUCCAUUCUAUGAUUCAUUUGUUCGUUGGCAAUUUCAUCGUUUAAAAGAAGGUGGUAAAAUUCAAUUUGGCAAACGAUAUACAAUUUAUUCACCUAAAGAUAAUCAACCAUGUAUGGAUCAUGAUCGUAGUAGUGGUGAAGGUGUUGAACCACAAGGAUAUACAUUAAUUAAACUUCGUAUUCAUGAUGAUCAUAUACCAGCUAUAUUAAAAACGCACGUAACAUCUUCAACAAAUGGUGUUUAUUUAGCUGCUGCUACACUUCGACCAGAAACAAUGUAUGGUCAAACAAAUUGUUGGCUUCAUCCUGAUAUACUUUAUGUAGCUUUUGAAACACGUUUACAUGGUAUUCUUAUUUGUACACGACGUGCUGCUCAAAAUAUGGUUUAUCAAGAAUUUACUCAUAUUUAUGGUCAAUAUACAAUAUUAGCUGAAUUUCUUGGUUCAGAAUUAUUUGGAUUACCGUUAUAUGCACCACUGUCAUAUUAUGAAACAGUUUAUGUAUUACCUAUGAUGACGAUUAAAGAAGAUAAAGGUACAGGUGUUGUUACAUCAGUACCAAGUGAUUCACCAGAUGAUUAUGCUGCUUUAAUGGAUAUUAAAAAUAAGCCUAAUUUACGAGAAAAAUAUCAUAUUAAAGAAUCCAUGGUAUUACCAUAUGAUCCAGUAGAAAUUAUUGAACUUGAACCAGAUGGUCGUCUUGCAGCACCUACAAUAUGUAAUCAAAUGAAAAUUCAUUCACAAAACGAUCGUGAUAAAUUAUUAGAAGCAAAAGAGAAAAUUUAUACAAAAUCAUUUUAUGAUGGAAUACUUUUAGUUGGUAAAUAUGCAAAUACAAAAGUAUCCGAUGCUAAAAAAACUUGUAAAGUUAUUUCACGAUCAAAUGAUGAAUGUGUUGUUGCACUUGUUGAUCAAUGA